CACACUUCCCACCACAGCACAGCAGUUGGCCCACCGAGAAAAUGCGAGCCGCUGUGCGGGUGCUUCUAAGCGUGUCAGCAUUCGGUUGCGUUGCAAUGGUGACUCCAUCGAGCUCCGGAGGUGCUGUUGGCGCGACGGCGCCACAGAAGGCGCCGGUGAGCCCACCAACAUCUCCCACGGCAGGGUCGGCAGCAGACGAGAAUUGUGAUGCAAGGGGCAGCAGCGAUGACUCCAACGACAGCAGCAGCAGAAAUCUGGACUUGACCUCCUCUGACACCGUGGCCUACUCCUCGCGGAUGAUAGCGGCGUCCAGAGCGUUGGAGUCGCGACGCCGGGACCGCUUGUUCGACGACCCUUACGCCGAGCUGCUGGCCGGCCCCGAUGCCAUGCAGACCGCCGAAGACCGGGAGAAGGCCAAAGCGCACGAGGAGUCGUCAGCACCACCUCUGGAUCCCACCGCCGCCGCUACCGCUGCCGUGGCAAGCAAUGGUGUCCCUAGGGACGUCCAGAGGCGGCUGGCCAUCCGCACACGCUUCUGCGACGACUUCUUCGAGGAUUGCGCAGGGCCGAGGGGUAUCAAGCAGAUCGUGUCGUUGGGGGCGGGCAUGGACACGAGGGGGCUACGGCUCAGGGCUUCGGGGGACACCAAGGUGUUCGAGGUGGACCAAGCGCUCGUGCUUCGCGUCAAAAGCGCCCUUCUCACCCAAGCGGCGGCGGCCGACAAAGUAGCCGCGGCGGUGGCGGGGUUUCGAGAGAGGAGGGACGGCGGUGUCGGCCAGGGGCGCGUUGUCCCUGUGGAGGCCGACCUGAGCGUGGAAGGGUGGCAGGGGGAGCUGUUCGAGGCGGGCUUCGACCCCAGCCUGCCGAGCGCGUGGAUCUUGGAGGGGCUGACCAUGUACCUAGGGGAGGAAGAGCUUGUGGCAUUGCUUCGGGUCCUGGCCAGCCUUUCCUCCGCUGGAAGCGCCUUUUGUGCCACGUGCGUCUCGGCGGAGUCCGUGGAGCGGGCCCAUAACAACGCCAGCCCCCUGAUGGGCCGCUGGAAAUGGGGCAGCGACAACCCUCAGGCUUUCUUCGAAGCCAACUUUCCGGAAGGGUGGUCGUUCAACGGGGUGACCUGCGGUACCCCCGGAGAGUUCCCUGAAGGGGCCGACUACGGAGUGGGUUUCGUGGGCAAGGCGCCGGCGUACGUCAUAGGGUACUUUUCGUCGUCGUCGUCUUCUUCCUCCGGGGGGGGCUCCGGCUAGUGGUGACCCUGGCCGGGGACGAAUAGUUUUUUGGAAGAAAGUGGGAGACGUGGUUUGUGACAUUUCAGCAGCCGUGUGGUGGUUAACAAUGUUUUGUGAUUGGUGAGCAUGAUGGAUAAAGCAUACAAUCGGGGACGUUGGGAUAGGGUUAGGGUUACGGAAUAGGGUCUGCGCAUCCGCUCCCCGUUGUAUUUCCUCAUUAACCUAUUUCUCGCGAAGGCGGGUCUGAGAUUUUGGCGGGGGCAGUGUUGUAGGAAGAAUCUGUAUGUGGUGGAUUCUAUCAUGUCGUGUCGGUACUGCUUGUAGUUUUGGCGCGAGUGUUGAUUUCUUCGGAAGUACUUUCGUAUGUAGAUAUUUGGGGCAUUAGCGACGAGGAGGACGGGAGAGGUAGAGUUCAUGGGGAGGUUGUACAAAAUAUAUUUCGGUAGUCCGGAAGCCAUGGACUUGUGCUGUAUGGCGUGAGGAAUCAUCGUGAACAGAUCGCAACUCAUGCAUGCGGAGGCCGGAGUUUGCCACCGCUCCAGGUGCAUGAGGUUCGACUCUCGCUGCGCCAUCCGGAGCGAGCCCACACAACCCGUGUGAAGUGCACCCAUGUGUGUAGAGCCGAUAACAACCUCAGGGGUUACCAGUCGGAAACAUCACUUUUACUUAUUGACGGUAGAGGCCACACACACGCACACAGAGAGCGCCUUGGUCCUGACCCCCCAUCUCGAGCUCUACACCCACAUCCACACCUGUACCCGUACCGUUCAUUAACCCGUUUCCGUACCGUGAACCCGUUCCCGUCCUAGAUAAUUGCGCCAACGUACCCAGGUUGACUCAGUCUCGAGAAGCCCCCGCUCUAAGGCCCUUCGAUCCACCACUCUACUUGACUAAUGAAUAUCAGUAGGCUACCGUUUGCUAGUUAGUGUAUAUUACAUCCCCUCCCUCCCCCUCACAGUCACACCACGAAAAAUUGCUGUGCACCGAUCAGCGAUCAGCACCAAUCGUAACAAAGUAGUGCAGUCACGAGGGACCC